AUGGACUGGCUCAAGGUUCGCUCAGGUGAAAUGGCUAUCGAUUCCAAGACGGAACGCGGAUGUAUGGGCGUUUGGAUAAUUUGACGGAUAAAUUGGAUAAACAGCAGACCCAAAAGACACCACAAACUGAUUGAGUCUGACGGCUUUUCGGCUCGCUUUCAUUAUGAAGAAGAAACAUGUGAAUGAGGAAAAAAUAUGGAGACAUUUGCAACAAAAAACGGGGUGUUUGUUUUGCCAAAUUGCCCUAAAAUUUCAGAAUCUAAGUCUUUAAACUUAGAUUCUGUCUGCCUCUGCAAAACGCGGUUAAGGGUUUAAAACUUGAAAUGUAAUUUGAAUUUUCUUAUAAGCCAGAUUUAAUCGAAAUUCACGAAUGACACGUGAGGUGUUUUCGCUGUAAAUUUUGAAUGAGAGAACAAAAAUAACCUCAUGAAAAGUUUUCCCAGAAAAGCGCUAAUAAAAUCCUCGUUGGCUUCGGAAAUCGGCGGCGAAUCGUCACCAAAAGAAUCCCACCAAAAUUUGAGACACCGAAGCCAACAGAAGCACGACACUUCCCCCCUCAAUAUUAUGCCCGCUGAUAUCGCGAGAAACGUCUAAUUUUAUUUUCCAAAAUGCACCAAAAAUUGUGGCUCGAAUCGGAUGCCGGAGGGAUUAAAAAUUCCCCCAGCCGCCGAAAAAAAGAGUCAUGGGCCGAUUAUUUUUCUCGUUGGCCCCGCGCCUUAUAUCCGCCACGGCUUAUUUGGCCACUACUAGCCUCUUAUAGUCCGCCAAAUAACGUCGCUUUUUUGUGCAAGCACGGCGAAGGAAACCCCCCUCCAGAAACGCUCAACGCAUGUAUAUCGUGUAUAUAUUCGGGUUGUGAAGCCAAAAAUACUGGCCAUGAGACUUUUGAAGGCGCUUGCGCCCCUUUUCCAUGGUUUUUCAUUCUUCCUUCGGGUCUUUAUUUCUCUUUUUUUUCGGCCUCCUCCGACCGUUCAAAACCAUAGACUUGGCGCAGAGGUUCCUUCAAACGAAAUGAAGGACUCAAAAGUUCCAAAAGAGUAACGAAAAAAUUGCGUUUUGCCCGAUAAAAGAGAGAAGAAACUGAAAGAAAAAACAGAUGAAUGCCGAUAAUGUCAAGAUAUCCCAAAAGCGCCUAACAUCAACAUCCCACAAUCUCCCUUGCAUUUGUUUGGACUUCCUCGCAUAAAAUGAGAUUGCGCGAAGAAACUUUACGAUCCCGCCAUUGGACUUGCAAAUUGGCUUCGUUGUGAAUUGUCAAGUCGAAUAAUAAUUAAAGAAGAGAGCGAAGCUUAGAGAUUUGACCGGAUUUGCCUAGAGAUUUGCAUAAUGGCAAGCUGAAAGUUUCAAAACGGGGUUUUGAAGUUUAGGAAAUUAGAGGCUGGAAGAAUGUUAAUUUCAUUGGAUAUAAAGAAACUAAUAAAAGUGCAAAAUGGAGUGUAAAAGUAGGCCCGGAAGUCGAUUUCAGCGUCCGGAUUUGUUACAAACAUUGGGAAAUUGCCCAAUUUUUUGUUGAAAUUAAAAAUUUUUUUGGUGAUUUUGAAUAAUGUCAACCAUAAAGGAUAUCGAUAAAAACGAAGAAUAAAGUGUAGAACUACAUUUAGGGACCUGAUCCAGUGUCAAGAGAUGUAUUAUACCACAUUGCAUCCGGGAAGUAUCAAAAAUGUGGCAAAAUGCUUCCCUCUCCAAGCAGAAAAAGCUUCUUUUUGAAGGGCUUUUUCCGCUAGAAGAGGGAAGCAUUUUGCCACAUUUUCGAUACUUCCCGGAUGCAAAAUGGCACGUUCUUUGACACUGGAUCAGGUCCGUCACUGUAGAACUAGUGUAAAAAAUAGGUUAAAACUUUGGGAAACGUCUAAAAAGUUUUGAAAUCUCCAGAUUUUCUUGCUGAAACAGCGAUCUGCUUUGCAAAAUUUGAAUUUUCACCUCUCAAGCCCACUAAAAAUUGUGUUUUUAGGAUUUCCAUCGGUCGGAAAGUCGACACUCCUCACGAAUUUGGCUGGUGUUUACUCAGAAGUUGCGGCAUACGAAUUCACGACGCUGACAACGGUCCCUGGAGUCAUCAAAUACAAAGGAGCGAAGAUUCAGCUACUGGAUUUGCCCGGUAUUAUUGAAGGAGCCAAAGACGGAAAGGGUCGUGGUAAACAGGUGAUUGCUGGUGAGUUUUGAGGUUUUUUGAGGGCAUAUUGAAGUAAAGGUGUGUUCUGAUGGUAUCGAUAUUGUAGUAGGCAUCUGAGAGGCCGGAAAAUUGAAAUUAAAAGAAGUUUAUUUAAAUUGAAACUUUGAUAUUGUAGUUGCCCGAACAUGCUCGUUAAUAUUGAUGGUCCUGGACGUGAUGAAGCCCUUAGGCCACAAGAAACUGCUCGAAUAUGAAUUGGAAGGUUUUGGCAUCCGUUUGAACAAGAAACCUCCAGAGAUCACCUUCAGGCGGAAAGAAAAGGGAGGAUUGAAUUUGACGGCAUUGGUGGGUUAUGUUUACUUUUUUUUGCAUUUUUAGGUACAGUUUUGGACAUUGAUUUUUUGGACGAAAUGUCACUUUUUUCAAGUUGGUUUUUCAAAAUGAAAUGUUUUGAUUUUUCAGGUCCCCCAAUCCGAAUUGGACCUAGAAACGGUGAAAACAAUCCUGGCCGAGUACAAGAUCCACAACGCCGAUAUCACCAUAAAAUACGACGCCACGGCCGAAGAUUUGAUCGAUGUGAUCGAAGGAAAUCGCGUCUACAUCCCUUGUAUCUACGUCCUAAACAAGAUUGAUCAAAUCACAAUCGAGGAAUUGGACAUCAUCUACAAAAUCCCGCAUUGUAUGCCGAUCUCGGCUCAUCAUCGAUGGAACUUUGAUGAUUUAUUGCAGAAGUGCUGGGAUUACUUGAAUUUGGUUCGAAUGUAAGUUUGCUUUUAGAGAGGCAAAAUGGAAAUAUUGGAAGGAAAAAUUUUGAAAAAAAAUAUAUUGUAGUAGGCAUUUUUAGACAAAAAUUUGUUAAAAAAUCAGUUUCAAAAGGGUGGUUCAGCGCAUAAAGUGCGACUUUAAGAAUUUUAAGUCAUUUUUUUCCUCGAAACCACCUAAUUAUGUGUCAGUCAGUUAUUUUUCAAGCAUUUAUUUCCGUUUCAGCUACACCAAACCGAAAGGCCGAGUUCCGGAUUUCGAGGACCCAGUGGUCCUCCAAUACGAGAAACGUUCCAUUGAAGAUUUCUGCACCAAAAUCCACAAGAGUUUGGUCAAAGACUUCAAACAUGCGCUGGUUUGGGGCCGCUCCGUGAAGCAUUGUCCGCAAAGAGUUGGUAUUGAUCAUGUUUUGGAGGACGAAGAUAUCGUUCAAAUCAUCAAGAAGUAAGAUUUUUGGGGGAUUUUGAAGGAUUUUUGAGGAGAUUCGAAGUGAGCUUUCUGAUUUUAGGGUCUAA